CUUAGUGGGUAACUAGAACUCCGGGGACCCUGGCUUCAUACCCCGCGUUCUGACAUUCGGAUCUUAGAAGGCCAGGGUUCCCGGUUUUGGCUCAGCCCUGGGUGUUGAAGGGCAUUUGAGCUUUGCGGGUGGGGCUCUGCCACCCAAAUUAAGUAAAUUGGGCUACGGGGCUGCGAAGUCGCCCCUAUACUGAGAGGUUUGAGUCUUAAACGUGGCCAUUGGCUUCUAUAGCGAUCCUGCGGCUCAACAUGUCUGCGUGUAUAUAUAAUGGCUCCUAUGCAAAUCCGGGCUAGCGGUGUUCGCCUCCCAUUGGAGGAGACUGUACGCGGCGGGACGCAGCGUCCAAUGGGAAAGCGCCUCCGCGAGCCGGCGCGAAAUGGAGUCGCGGAGCGGCUAGCUCUGGAGCCCGACCGGAGUCCAGGAGUGUGUGGGGUCUUCGCUGCCGUUUUGAGUGGCAGGAGGCCAAGCUCAGGAGCUGAAAGCAAGGCGGCAAAGCGCGGGCGAAAUAAAAGCCAAAGCUCUCGGACUUCGGUUCCCGGUUCAAAACCAUGUUGAGGGGAAACAUCCACGCAGCCCGGUCUCCAUGAUCCUUUGGUACUCCUGACAGAGCAAUGGAUGGAUCUUUAGCGAGUGACUUUGAUAAAGGCCCUGUAUUCAAAUCUGGAAAGGGAUUGAACCCUGGGGCAUGAUGGAUGUGAGUUCCACAGGGACUGUGGAUGUUGUGUCCAUCACCAUCUGAUGUCCUGAGCAGAUGAAUGCAGCUGUGGCUCUGAUUGGAUACUCUCCUGCUCAGAUCAGCAAGACAAACUCCAAGCCUGAAUGUGACUGUGAAUGCUACCUUUAUCUACUCAGAUGGGCUGAUUCAUAAGUCAGGUGACUGCCGGAGCAGCACUUGUGAAGGACUUGACCUACUCAGGGAAAUUACAAGAGAAAAACAGAUGGGCUGUGUCCUCAUGGGGCCUUCGUGUACAUACUCUACGUUCCAGAUGUACCUUGACACACAAUUGAACUAUCCCAUGAUUUCGGCUGGAAGUUUUGGAUUGUCAUGUGACUACAAAGAAACCUUAACCAGGCUGAUGCCUCCAGCUAGGAAGUUGAUGUAUUUCUUGGUUAACUUCUGGAAGGUCAAUGAUUUGCCUUUCAAACCUUUUUCCUGGGACUCUUCAUACGUUUAUAAGGAUGGCUCUGAGACUGAGGACUGUUUCUGGUACCUAAAUGCACUGGAGGCUGGAGUUUCCUAUUUCUCUCAGGAACUCAACUUCAAGGAUACAUUGAGAAAAGAGGAUGAGUUUCGUAAUAUCUUGAUGGACCUUAACAGGAAAAGCAAUGUGAUUGUUAUGUGUGGUGAACCAAAAGUCAUCAACAAAUUGAAGGGUGACUGGAGAGUAGCUGAAGACACUGUCAUUAUUCUGGUGGAUCUCUUCAAUAACUACUACUUCAAUGACAGUGUCACAGCCCCUGACUAUAUGAAAAAUGUCCUUGUUCUGACACUACCUCCUGGAAAUUUCACCUUAAAUAACUCAUUCUCCAAAGAUGAUCUGCCGGCAAGAAAUGACUUCGCUCUUGCUUACUUGGAUGGCACCUUGCUCUUUGGACACAUGCUGAAGACUUUUCUUAAAAAUGGAGAAAAUAUUACCACCUCCAAAUUUGCUCAUGCUUUCAGGAACCUCACAUUCCAAGGGUAUACGGGUCCUGUAACUUUGGACGACUGUGGGGAUAUUGACACUACUAUGAUACUUCUGUAUACUUCUGUGGAUACCAAGAAAUACAAGAUUCUUUUGACUUAUGACACCCACAUGAAUAACACUAUCCCAGUGGAUAUGAGCCCCACAUUCGUCUGGAAGAACCACAAACUUCCUAAUGAUAUUCCGGGUCGGGGCCCUCAGAUCAUGUUGAUCGCCAUCUUCACACUCACGGGGAUCGUGGUGCUGCUCCUGCUCAUCGCCCUGCUGGUGCUCAGAAAAUAUAAAAGAGAUCAUGAACUUCGUCAGAAAAAAUGGUCCCACAUUCCUCCUGAAAAUAUCUUUCCUCUGGAGACCAACGAGACCAACCAAGUCAGCCUGAAGAUUGACGAUGACAGGCGACGAGAUACAAUCCAGAGUCUACGACAGUGCAAAUAUGACAAAAAGCGAGUGAUUCUCAAAGAUCUCAAGCACAGCGAUGGUAAUUUCACUGAGAAACAGAAGAUAGAAUUGAACAAGUUGCUUCAGAUUGACUACUACAACCUGACCAAGUUCUAUGGCACAGUGAAGCUUGAUUCCAGGAUCUUUGGGGUGAUCGAAUACUGUGAGAGAGGAUCCCUCCGGGAAGUUUUAAAUGACACAAUUUCCUAUCCUGACGGCACAUUCAUGGACUGGGAGUUUAAGAUCUCGGUCUUGUAUGACAUUGCUAAGGGGAUGUCCUAUCUGCACUCCAGUAAAACAGAGGUCCAUGGUCGUCUGAAAUCCACCAACUGCGUGGUAGACAGUAGGAUGGUAGUGAAGAUCACAGAUUUUGGCUGCAAUUCCAUUUUACCUCCAAAAAGAGACCUGUGGAUGGCCCCGGAGCACCUCCGCCACUCCAGGACCUCUCAGAAAGGAGAUGUGUACAGCUACGGGAUCAUCGCACAGGAAAUCAUCCUGCGGAGAGAAACCUUCUACACUCAGAGUUGCUGGGACCAAAACGAGAAGCUUUUCAGAGUGGAAAACAUCAACAGUACGAAACCUUUCCGCCCUGACCUAUUCCUGGAAACAGCUGAGGAAAAUGAGGUGGAAGUAUAUCUACUUGUAAAGAACUGUUGGGAGGAAGAUCCAGAGAAGAGACCAGAUUUCAAGAAAAUUGAGAAUAUACUGGCCAAAAUAUUUGGCCUUUUUCAUGACCAAAAAAGUGAAAGUUAUAUGGAUACCUUGAUCCGACGUCUACAGCUGUAUUCUCGAAACCUGGAACAUCUGGUAGAGGAAAGGACACAGCUGUAUAAGGCAGAGAGAGACAGAGCUGACAGACUUAACUUCAUGUUGCUCCCAAGGUUAGUAGUAAAAUCUCUGAAGGAGAAAGGCAUUGUAGAGCCAGAACUAUAUGAGGAAGUCACAGUCUACUUCAGUGACAUUGUGGGCUUCACCACUAUCUGCAAAUACAGCACCCCCAUGGAGGUGGUGGACAUGCUCAAUGACAUCUACAAGAGUUUUGACCACAUUGUUGAUCACCAUGAUGUAUACAAGGUAGAAACCAUAGGUGAUGCCUACAUGGUGGCUAGUGGUUUGCCUAAGAGAAAUGGCAAUCGACACGCAUUAGACAUUGCCAAGAUGGCCUUGGAGAUUCUCAGCUUCAUGGGGACCUUUGAGCUGGAGCAUCUUCCUGGACUCCCAAUAUGGAUUCGCAUUGGAAUUCACUCUGGUCCCUGUGCUGCUGGAGUUGUGGGCAUCAAGAUGCCUCGCUAUUGCCUGUUUGGAGAUACCGUCAACACAGCCUCCAGGAUGGAAUCCACUGGCCUCCCCCUGAGAAUUCACAUGAAUGGCUCCACUUUAUCCAUCCUGAAAAGAACUGAGUGCCAGUUCCUGUAUGAAGUGAGAGGAGAAACAUACUUAAAGGGAAGAGGAACCGAGAUCACCUACUGGCUGACAGGGAUGAAGGACCAGGAGUACAACCUGCCAGCCCCUCCCACUGUGGAGAAUCAACAACGCUUGCAAGCAGAAUUUUCAGACAUGAUUGCCAACUCUUUACAAAAAAGACAGGCUGCAGGAAUACGAAGUCGAAAACCCACACGAGUAGCCAGCUACAAAAAAGGCACCCUCGAGUACUUGCAACUGAACACCACGGACAAGGAGGUCACCUAUUUUUAAACCUCAGUGAGGUGUAAAGACCCACAAAUUAAAUACAGCAGCUCUUGGGCAGCAACCUCGUGUCCUGGAGCCUGCAGUUUCCUGAGACCUCAACGAAACAGAGAAGCACUUGGCCGUGGCAGCCCCGUCUGGAACAGACUAUCUUCCAUGAAUCAGACAUGUGUUCUCAGUGACAGAACUGCCGAAGCCUUAUCCUAACAGCUGCUCCGGGGAGCUUCAGACUGGAAAGGAGGAGGAAGGAACGUACUGUCUAGAACUUGAGGAGAUUUUGUUCUCAUUCCAUGUAUGUUUUGUUUUGUUUACUGGCUCUUUUUCCUUCUGUACUCAUGAUAGAAUUUUUUAGU